GAUUGGUCGGAGCCGGUGACGGGGGCGAUUGUAUCCAGAGCGCGGGGUCAGUGACUCGGAGCCGAGUCUCCGGCCACGGGCCACCCCCCACCCCCCACCCAGAGCCACAGCGGAGAUCCCCACCCCCCAGCCCCCCACCCUCACAGCGGAUACCCUUCCCGGAUAGGCCCCGGACCUAGAGCGGAUACCCCCCAGGACAGGCCCAAGACCCAGAGCGGAGACAACUCCGGACCGAACCCACAGUCAGUCUCGUCGCAGCCCGGCCCGGGGGCCCGGCUCCGGCUCCGGCCCCGGCGGCCAUGGCUCACCAGCAGAGCAGCAGCUCCCAGAAGGCGCUGAUGUUGGAGCUGAAGAGCCUCCAGGAGGAGCCGGUGGAGGGUUUCCGCAUCACCCUGGUCGACGAGUCCGACCUCUACAACUGGGAAGUGGCGAUCUUCGGGCCGCCCAACACUCACUACGAGGGCGGCUACUUCAAGGCGCAAUUGACAUUUCCUAUGGAUUAUCCAUACUCUCCACCCACAUUCCGCUUCCUCACUAAGAUGUGGCAUCCCAAUAUCUAUGAGAAUGGGGACGUGUGUAUUUCAAUUCUGCAUCCACCAGUCGAUGACCCGCAGAGUGGAGAGCUCCCCUCUGAGAGAUGGAAUCCCACCCAAAAUGUCAGGACAAUUCUCCUCAGUGUCAUUUCACUGUUGAAUGAACCAAACACGUUUUCUCCUGCUAAUGUGGAUGCUUCAGUGAUGUUCAGGAAGUGGCGGGACAGUAAAGGAAAGGAUCGAGAGUAUGCAGAGAUUAUUAGAAAACAGGUUUUAGCCACCAAGGCAGAAGCAGAUAAAGAUGGCGUGAAGGUACCAACCACCUUGGCGGAAUAUUGUGUCAAGACUAAAGCUCCUCCACAUGACAAUAGUUCGGACUUGCUGUAUGAUGACCUGUACGACGAUGAUAUGGAUGAUGAAGAAGAUGGUGAUGCUGAUUACUAUGAUGACGAUGACGACUCAGGAAAUGAAGAAUCAUGACCAUCAUCGGGCAGGAGGGAGGUGACCAGCUGACCCCCUCCUCCCUGCUCCCCCCUCCCGUCCCCUCCCCCUCUCCCUCCCCUCCAGGGGCUUAAUGGCUGCCCUUGCUCUGAGCCUGAGACCAGGCUGCAUUGCAAUAUUUGUUGUCCCUCCCACCCCUUCUCCUCAGUCAAUAUAUUUGGGGUCUGUCACGUCACUGCUGUUCCAAAAUAAACUGUUUCCUGGCUGGGAGGGGGAGAAGAGGGGAUUGGUUAUUUUCGUUUGAGGGUUGGGUGGGGGGGGUGGGAGGGAGGGGCUGGUUUGUAUUCUUGUUUCUGGCGCUGUGUCUGUUUUUGAAGCCAAUGGUGAAAGGUUUAUGGGGGAUGUGCUGCAUCACUCCAUGUAACUUGCUGAUAAAGAUUUGCCUCUGAUGAUACUAACUUUCUACCUGAUAGUCUGGCCCUUUCUUCCCCUCACGUCUCUCCUGGAGUGGAGUCUGUGUCCACUCUAACCGCUGCUGCCAAAUCACUGUCCCAGGAGCUUUCCACUCUGAUCCGAUUUGUGUUGAGUCGCUCUCUUUUUCUCUCUCUCUCUUUUUUUUUUCUCUCUCUUUCUUUCUUUCUCUUUCUUUCUCUUUCUUUCUCUUUCUUUCUCUCUCUCUUUUUCUCUCUCUCUCUCUCUUUUUCUCUCUCUCUCUCUCUCUCUCUCUCUCUCUCUCUCUCUCCUGCGCAGUUUGCUGUCUCUGGCUGCAGUCGUGUAACUCUGCCCCUGAGUAACGUUGAAUGACCUUUCGCCAAGACCUGGUUCCAUUUCCUCGGGAGGGUAUGAAUUACAGGUGGCACAGGAUAGAGAUCCUUUCUCUCUAGGAUGACCCUAUGCACCCCCUACCCUAGCCCUGUCUGCAGCUUGAAGCUUCACUGCCACUGACCACCUGUUAAUCUGUCGGGGCUGGUUCAUGUUGGUUUUGGAGGCUGCUUCAGCAACAUGCCACUGAGACUGAACACACUGAUCUCGUUGCACAAUCUGUCCCACAAUGCUUUGCUUCCGUUCUGUCACAACGUUAAAGUUGAUGUAUUAAUGAUGGAGACAUUGUGAGAUGCAAGUUUUAAAAGGAUGGUUUUUUUUUGGUUAAACCAAAGCCCUUGAAUUGCCGCUGUCCUGACAUUAGCAACUCUGAGCCACAACUCUCAAAUUCCUCCCUCUGGAAGGGGGAAACAGAGAGAGUGCCAGUUCUGAGUCAGCCCAGGCCAGAGGAUGAAUUAAUUCACAGUAAUUCAGUUUUGGGUUUGUGAAGAUGGCUCCAGGCACAGAAGAGAGGGAUUCCUGUGCAACCUGAAAACAGGCCUUGUUGCCAAAACACAAACUUCCUGACUUGGAAGUUGAAGAAUUAAGACCUGACUAUUUCCAUCAUAAUUCAUUUUCAGAAGAAUUUCUAAAACUGCAUUGCGGGAUCAGCCUAAAUCCUGAUUCUCCACUUGAGUGACUGAUCAUUAUGUUUGUGCAUAGCCCUAGACAUUCUAUGUCUUCACAGUGAUUUAAAAUUGCAGUGUGAGUCAGCCUGCUCAGGUGCCUGUACCCUGUGCAGAGUCACCAUCUCCGGGAGGGAAAUCUGCAGUUGUGGUUUUCUGUCCUGGCGUGUCUGACCAGGCUCUGAGCUGGAGGGGUUGGGCUGACGGUCAUUCAGUGGUUGUCCUGCACUGGGAUGUGAGCAAUGUUCCUCCAAUCUGAUUUGGAUAAUUGAGAACAAUGUGUAACAUUGAGCUCCUUGAGAACGCAUUGUGAAAUGCUAUGUGGUAAUAGCAAACUUUGGAGCCUUUCCUGAUGCCUGGAUCUGGUUUCUGCACCUCUGGCUGCUGACUGUCCAAAACCAUAGCCCCUCCCACCCCUACCCCCCUGCAGGGAAAGGGAGCGAGGUGGACCCUGGGCAUCUGACUUUGGCAGCAUUGUCUGCAGAGAACGGUUGCACGUCCCAGUGUCCCACUUGCAAUCUUUGCUUGGAGGUUUUGUUUAGGAUUGCGAUUCCUUCGUACCCAAAACCCUUGGUCUACAAUGAGCUUUGCUCUGGGAUUACUCUGACUACCCAGGUGAGUGCAAGUCUCAGGUGAGGGACUUCCUUUUGAUCUCCAGCAGCUGCUGUUCUUCCUGAUGCUAGGCAGCUCGAAGCUAACCUCAAUCUGAAACAGGAGGGAUAUUUAUCCAGGAGCCCCGUGAACAGUGGCUUUUGUCCAUGUUUGCUGCAGCCGGGAGUUAGCAGUAUUUUGAUUUUUAGUCGUUAUUUCUUUGUUUUGAAAUUGAAUAAAGGACUUUUCAGGA